UCGGCCCUCUUCAACUUCCAGUCCCUGUUGCUGGUCAUCUUACUGCUGAUCUGCACCGCAACCUACGUACGAGCCACUGCGCCUGGACUGGUGGAUAGGAAUAAGCAAGGCUUUCUGGGCCUCUUCUUCAAAAUGGCAAGGAUAGGUGAACGGCUAAGUCCAUACGUCUCUGUAGCCUGUUUGAUCAUGGCAGUGUAUACCUUCCUCUAG